AUAAAUAUUACUUCGCAUUAUAAAGUCUUAUCAAAGAUGGUAUUGGGCUGUUUCUCAUUCUUGUUGUUCUACAGCGAGGCUCUGGAAUUUUUUUAGUAUGUCUUAACUGUCUUGCGUUAAGGAAAGGAAACCUUUUAAGGUGAAGUUCCCCUCCCCAAAGGUAGUUUGGCCCACACCUUGCGUGUUUUUGGCCAAUUUGUGUUUGUUACUAUGUUCAUCCCGAUUUGAGCCACGCCCACCCCUUCCUGGAAGUUUCGACCGCGAGAUUGUGUGGAAAUAGUGAACAACGCAUGACUGAGGCAAGUCUACGUGUGUUCCGUUCAGGAUACCUUUGAAAACAUGUAGUUCGUGCAUAGCGUAUCUCCAAUGACGAGUACCAAACUUGCAUAAAGACCAGGCCCGGUAACAGUCUGUAUCAGUGUAUUCUGUAUCUAGCCCCUGGUGACUACCAUCGCUUCCAUUCACCCACGGACUGGACCAUUAAACACAGGAGGCAUUUCCCUGGUCUCCUGUUCUCGGUCAAUCCGGGUAUCGCUCGCUGGAUCCCCGGUCUUUUCUCAAUGAAUGAGCGAGUCGUUCUUCGUGGUGAAUGGGAGCACGGUUUCUCAAUGACAGCAGUCGGUGCCACCAACGUAGGAUCCAUCAAUAUUUACUUUGACAAGGAGCUCCGCACCAAUGUCAAAGGCAAGUUCCAGCAAGGCGAUUACCACGACCAUGACUACACCAUCAACCCCACCUCCCCAGAGUCCGAUACCCACACCAAAGACGUCCCUGCCCCUGGUAUCAGGGUCUCCAGGGGUCAAGGCAUUGGAGAGUUCAACCUUGGAUCCACCGUAGUUCUUAUCUUUGAGGCACCCAAGGAUUUUGAGUUUUCAUUCAGGCCUGGGGACAAGGUUAGGCUCAAUGCCGGCAUCGGUUCAUUAUGACAAUAACAUCAGUAUUAGGUUAACAUAUCAGUACAGUAUUUAAAGCCA